AUGGCUUACUCAGCCAAGCAUUUUACCCUCUUUCUCCUUAUUUCCCUCUUAUCCACAUUUCAUUCUCAUGCAAGAGAUAGUCAAUUCUUCAACAAAGUUCCUAGCACCACCACCAACAACGUUGUCAAAGAAACGCAAGUCCCAAACAAAGAAGACCCUCUAAGCUACCAAGAGCAGGAACCAAAUUUCCUUCCACAGAAUGAAAAUGGAUAUAGCCUUUAUGGUCAUGAGUCCGGUCAACUCCCUCCUUCCACCACCACCGCAACCCCCGCAACCACCACCACCAAGAUUCCAUACAACACUGAAUCAGAAAAACCCCUUAACAAGUAUCUCCCUAAAAACUACAACCCUGUGGCCUAUGUGACUGUACCAGAAGACAUACACAAUAGUAACAGUUUCACAGAAGAAAGUUACAGCACAAGAACUAGCAACAACUACAACUACGACGAGGGCGAUAGUUUCAAUGACCGGCCACAAGAGCUGAGCGCCACCAAGUUCACCGGCGGUGGAAGUUACUCCACCACUCCAAACUACCGUGAGAAUUACUAUAACAACUUCGGCGGACCUAACUUCGAACCUCAAGGAAUGAGCGACACAAGGCUCUUGCAGAACGGGAAAUUCUUUUAUGAUGUUAACAGUGAAAAAUAUAGCAGCAACCACCCAUAUGAAAGCUUGAAAGGGGUUCGCGCAAGGAAUGAGUACAACAACAGGAAUAUUUAUGGGAAGAACGAGAAUUCUUACGAGGAUAAUAACAAGUACUCCAUGGAAGGACAGUAUCAAAAUGAGUUCCAAGAUGAAGAGGAUAUGCCUUGA